UCAUUUCUGUGCCCGAUGAGAGAAUGGAGAGAUAGAUAGUUUAUUUCGAAAACUCUAUAACAAACAUAAAUUAAAAAUAGAGAAUUCUGCAGGGCAAGCAAAACCUAUAAAAAAUUUAAAACAUGAGAAGUAUCUCAUGUGGUUAAGAAGGAGAAGGAUAAGUUGCUUUAUUACCGAUUCAGUAAUUUAUUUUCGUCGUGCAAGAAACAUUAAACAUACCGUAGUAAAUCAAGGAAAAGAAAAACAACACCAGGCACACAAUGUUUCGACUGCAAUUAAGGAGGAGCCGCGAAAGACUACGGUAUCAAGUCAUCGUGUCAGCGACACCAUAAAUGCUGAAUGACGUUAAAAACGUCAAAUGAUUACAGGAUUAAAGUAGAUUUAAAUAUGUCCAGGGGAAAAAUUUGAAAAACGUAGAUCGAGACGAGAUAUAGGCUAACUGACAUGCAAAAAUUUCAACGUUUUUGCCUCCGAAUUUUCCACUGCAACGCCAACUGUGUGUGCUAAAAAGAUGCUAGAAUAAUCAGAUAAUGGGAGAAGUUGAUCAAGAAAUCCAGAAUACAACUGUACAUCCAAGACAGCAAAAAGUUAGCAAAUUAAUACUCCAGAAAUAAUAAUGAGAAUAUAUACAGGAAGAGGACCAACAGUGCAAGCAUUUAAAACUUGCAUUAACUCACUCUUGAGCAGAAAUAUGUCCAAUUCUACUGGAGUUAACAAGGUUGUAAUUGCAAGUGCGAUGCGAACACCCAUUGGAUCAUUCCAGGGUUCCUUGUCUUCCAUACCUACCACAGAAUUGGGAUCGAUAGCCAUAAAAGCCGCGAUCGACAAGGCAGGAGUUCCCAUGAAUGAAGUGGGAGAAGUCUACAUGGGGAAUGUACUUCAGGCAGCAGAAGGACAAGCUCCAACAAGGCAAGCUGCCCUUGGUGCAGGAUUACCAACAUCUACACCUUGCACAACAAUAAACAAAGUCUGUGCAUCGGGGAUGAAAGCCAUUAUGCUCGCCUCACAGUCACUAAUGUUAGGCCAUCAAAGUGUAAUGGUGGCUGGGGGAAUGGAAAGUAUGUCUAAUGUCCCCUUUACAAUGCCUAGAACACCUCCAACAUAUGGAGGUGUACAACUCCAAGACCUUAUUGUUGGCGAUGGACUGACGGAUGUUUACAAUAAAUUUCACAUGGGGUGUUGUGGUGAAGAUACUGCUGAAAAAUUCAACUUUUCCAGAGAAGAUCAAGACAAUUACGCUAUAUCUUCUUAUAAAAGAAGUGCUGCAGCUGUAAAGGCAGGGCAUCUCAGUGCAGAAAUUACUCCGGUUACUAUCCCUGGAAAAAGAGGAAAGCCAGAUGUUGUUGUUGCAGAAGAUGAGGAAUACAAAAGGGUGAAUUAUGACAAGUUACCAACACUGAGGGCUGUUUUCAAAAAGGAUAAUGGAACCGUCACAGCUGGGAAUGCAAGCACUCUCAAUGAUGGUGCUGCUGCAUUGGUAUUAAUGACCAGUGAUGCGGCAGAUCGUUUGAAUGUCAAACCACUUGCCAGAGUUGUUUCAUUUGCUGAUGCAGCAUUAGAACCAAUUGAUUUUCCAACAGCACCCGCUUAUGCCAUUCCAAAAGCUCUCGACAUGGCUGGACUCAAGGCCCAUGAUAUCGCAUUGUGGGAAGUAAAUGAAGCUUUUAGCGUUGUCGCUCUUGCAAACAUCAAAUUGUUAGGCAUUGACUCUGAAAAAGUCAAUGUAGAUGGAGGUGCUGUGUCACUUGGACAUCCAAUAGGAAUGUCUGGAGCACGAAUCGUCGGUCACUUGGUUCAUAGAUUGAAACCAGGAGAAUAUGGAUGUGCCGGAAUCUGUAAUGGAGGAGGUGGUGCGAGUGCUAUUGUUAUUGAGAAACUACAGUAAUCAAUUUAGAUAUUCUAGUUGUUAUUUUAAAUUAUUGCACUUGGUUCAUUUUUUGCAUUGACUCGCGGAGUCAUUUCAUUAUAAAAGUUCACACUUAUUGAUGCCUGAUGAAUGUUGGUAUCUGACAUCCUCAUUAUACGCUAUGUCUCAAAUUUAGCAUCUCAAUAGCAUCUAUUUGAAAAAUAUUGUAGGUCUAGUAUAAACUUAAAAUAUGCUCCAUGUGACCCGAAAUGAAGCAUGGUAUAUCAUUGCGCCAUGCGCUGCCAAACACAUUUUCAGCUACCUCUUGUAAUCUGGUCGAAAUCCAGUUUGAUAAUGCAGCUUUGCAAUAAAGAAUUGGUUAUAAAGUAUUUGUGUUGUAUUUUUGUAGAAACUGAAUGAGACAGUUUGUGAUUUAUUUUUAAAUUACUUUAGCUGGAUUCUGUUUGCUGAUAUAUUUUUCCUAGAAGUUUCAUUUACCUUUUGCAACCAUUUCAUGAAGUUCCUUGAUAUACACAAAAUAGUAAGCUUAAUAAUUGUGUUUUCGGUAGUUUACUUCGUAUUUUAAAAAAUAAAAAUCGAAUUAAUUGGGUGUGUUAUUAUUGGUGUUUAACCAAUGAAAUAAAAGGUUGGAGACUGUG